UAUCAUGUUACCUAGUGAGCCUCCUCGUCACUCUCAUCCUCUGCAACUUUCUCUUCAUCCAUACUCAAAACAAUGUUUCACAAAAACUAACACUAACACAGUAACUCAACAAUGGCGUUCUCAAGCACUUGCAAACUUUCAGAAUUUUCUUUCUCAGCAUUCAAUUCUCCUUCUCCUUGUCGCUCUUUCCACAAAUUCCCAUUUCGCACACUCACCUUCGCUUCUCUCCCAACCCCUAAAUCUAACGUGUCUGCACCCUGGCUAACCAAAUCACCUUCUCCCAAAAAGGUCACCGAACCCCUCACUGCCGACGACCCAAUUCACAGGACAACCCCAAAACAACCGCAGAACGCCGUCGAGAGGAUCGUCCUUCGGUUGCGCAACUUGGGUCUGCCUUCAGAAGAAGAAGAGCAACAAGAACAACAGGAGGAACUUCCGGCAAGUAGUCCGGCGCCGGUGACCGGAGAUGAGAGGUUGAGCGAGUUGCUCCGGCGGGAGUGGGUUCGGCCGGAUGUCGGACUGGUGGGCGAGGAUGGGGAGGAGGAGAUGAUGCUGCCGUGGGAGAGGGAGGAGGAGAAGGUGGUGGUGGUUGGGAGUGGAAGGGAUGAAGAAGGGUUGAAGAAGAGGAGGGUUACGGCUCCUAGUUUGGCUGAUUUGACCCUUGAGGAUGAGUUGCUGAGGAGGUUGAGGAGAGAGGGGAUGCGUGUGAGGGAGAGGGUGAGUGUUCCCAAGGCUGGACUCACUCAGGAGGUGAUGGAGAAGAUUCAUAAGAGGUGGAUGAAGGAAGAAUUGGUGAGGCUCAAGUUUCACGAGGAACUUGCGAAGGAUAUGAGGAAGGCUCAUGAGAUUGUUGAGCGUCGAACUGGAGGAUUGGUUACAUGGAGGGCAGGAAGUGUUAUGAUGGUGUAUCGUGGUAUUGAUUACCAAGGGCCCGACUCGAGGAAGGAAGUUAGUGACAAGAAAGGUAAUGACUUUUUUGUGCCUGAUGUCUCAUCCGGAAGUUUGUUGAAAAGUGAAGUCAGUAAUGCAGUGUCAUCUCUAGAAAAGAGUGAGGUGAUGGAGAGGGAGCAAGAACAGUCUAAGAAUGUGACAGAGGCGGAAGCAGAGUACAAUGCACUUCUUGAUGAAUUAGGUCCCCGUUUUGUUGGAUGGUGGGGUACGGGGAUACUUCCUGUUGAUGCUGAUUUACUUCCAAGAACCAUUCCAGGUUACAAAACACCUUUUAGGCUUCUUCCUACAGGAAUGCGUUCUCGGCUAACAAAUGCAGAGAUGACCAAUUUAAGGAAACUUGCAAAAUCACUUCCUUGCCAUUUUGCCUUAGGGAGAAAUAGAAAUCACCAAGGUCUAGCAUGUGCUAUUCUUAAGCUUUGGGAGAAAAGUUUAGUUGUAAAGAUUGCUGUCAAACCUGGCAUCCAGAACACAAACAAUGAACUGAUGUCUGAGGAGCUGAAGAUGUUAACAGGAGGUACCUUGCUGCUAAGGAAUAAAUAUUUCAUUGUUAUAUAUCGUGGGAAAGACUUCGUUCCAACAAGUGUGGCUACUGUUUUAGCUGAAAGAGAGGAAAUGACAAAGCAAGUACAGGAUGUUGAAGACAAGUUCCGGUGCAGAGCAGUUGAUGCAAUUCCAUCAGGGCAAGGUGAAGCAACAGCACAGGCUGGGACUCUAGCAGAGUUCUACGAGGCCCAGGCUCGAUGGGGAAGGGAAAUAUCUCCUGGAGAACGGGAGAAGAUGGUGGAAGAAGCUGCCAAAGCCAAGACUGCUAAGCUUGUCAGAAAAAUUGAACAUAAACUAUUUUUAGCCCAGACCAAAAAGCAUAGAGCAGAAAGGCUCUUAGCUAAAAUAGAAGCGUCAAUGGUUCCAGCCGGUCCUGAUUAUGACCAGGAAACAAUCACAGAUGAAGAACGUGUUAUGUUCCGUAAAGUUGGUUUAAGAAUGAAACCAUACUUACCACUUGGUAUACGUGGUGUUUUUGAUGGUGUUGUCGAGAAUAUGCAUUUGCAUUGGAAACACCGAGAACUUGUAAAAUUGAUGACAAAACAAAAGACUCUUGCUUUUGUGGAAGACACAGCAAGGUUACUUGAAUAUGAGAGUGGUGGAAUACUGGUUGCAAUAGAAAAAGUUUCCAAAGAAUUUGCUCUUAUUUACUAUCGUGGAAAGAAUUACAAGCGGCCAUUUAAUCUGAGGCCAAGAAACCUACUAACUAAGGGAAAGGCACUAAAGCGACAUGUAGCUAUGCAACGACACGAGGCUCUGAGUCAACAUAUUACUGAACUGGAAAAAACUAUAGAAGAACUGAAUAAAGAACUUGAUAAGCCUCAAGAUUUGGAAGAUGAUGAUGGGGCCAGCACAGAGGAAGAGGAUCUUAACCAAAUAGACAACAUCUCAGAAUUGACCCUAUUAUUUGGAAUGCAGAGUGAGAAUGAAGAUUCUGAUGGUUUUGAUGAUGAGGAAGAAAGUGACUGGUUAGAUGAUGGGGAAGAAAGUGAUUGGGAAGAUGAUGAAGACCCGAGUUUUCCAAAUUCAUAAGUGAUGAAGACUGGUUGGCAUAUUUGUAUUGAAGUUUCCUGGAUAACAUCUUCCGUUACAUGUGGCUUAAAGGAUAAUCAAGAGGCAGGCUAAAAGCAACUUGUAUGGUUCCUCCUCUAUUAGCGCAUUCUUUUGAGAUGAGAAUAUGGUGUUCAUUUAUUCAAACUUGUACAAAGAUGUGCCUAGAUUUGUGGUCUUGCAGCAGCAAAAGUUCAUCAUCCGUUAUCUACUUCUCGCUGGUUUUCUACUACCAUCUUUCAGCAUGCUGGCUGACUUUUGAGCUGCAUGAGUCUAUGCCCCCACAUUGUGGCUGAGCUGAUUAUUGUAAAUCUUCACAUUGUAAUAGGCUAUUUGGUAAAGGAUAAUUCUUUUCCUGUACUUACUAUAUUGAUAUUAUUAUGCCUUACUGAGUGUUUUUUGUUCUUUCAAUUCUGUUUAGUAGACAAUAAAUGUACUAGGCUGAUUUAAUGGGAUAAGAGGCACAAUUUUGGUUAUAGCUAUUAAACAUGCUCAAAUGUCCAUUUUUGCUUGA